GCACGGCGUCGCGGGUGGAGGGCUUUGCGAUCCCGGCGCGAUCCGGCGAGAACCGCCCCCCCCCCACCCCGCCCCUGCCGCCCGCUGCUUCGGCCACCAUGCCGCGCUCUUUCCUCGUCAGGAAGUCUGCCGGCUCCCGCCGGAGACCCAAUUACAGUGAGCUGCAUGACUCUUCUCCAGAGCUCACUUUCCAGCAGCCCUAUGACCAAGCCCACCUGCUGGCAGCCAUCCCACCGCCCGAGGUCCUCAAUCCCACUGCCUCCCUGCCGACGCUCAUCUGGGACUCUCUCUUGGCGCCCCAAGCCCAGCCCAUUGGCUGGGCUUCUCUCCUGCCCCAGGAGAUCCCCAAGGCUGGCGAGCUGACCUCCCUGUCCGACGAGGACAGCGGGAAAGGUUCCCAGCCCCCCAGCCCACCCUCUCCGGCUCCUUCGUCCUUCUCGUCCACUUCAGCCUCCUCCCUGGAGGCCGAGGGCUAUGCUGCCUUCCCAGGCUUGGGCCAGUUGCCAAAGCAGCUGACCGGGCUCUCCGUGGCCAAGGACCCCCAGUCUCGCAAGGCCUUCAACUGCAAAUACUGCAACAAGGAGUACAUCAGCCUGGGUGCCCUCAAGAUGCACAUCCGGAGCCACACGCUGCCCUGCGUCUGUAGCACCUGCGGGAAGGCCUUCUCCAGGCCCUGGCUGCUGCAGGGCCACGUCCGGACCCACACCGGCGAGAAGCCCUUCUCCUGCCCCCACUGCAGCCGCGCCUUCGCCGACCGCUCCAACCUCCGGGCCCACCUCCAGACCCACUCGGAUGUCAAGAAGUACCAGUGCAAGACAUGUUCCAGAACCUUCUCCCGAAUGUCCCUGCUCCACAAGCACCAAGAGUCGGGCUGCUCAGGAGGGCCGCGCUGACUCUCAGGCUCCUUCCGCCUCUCCGGGCCCUCCCUGCAGCCCAGAGCGGCCUCCCCCCCGAUCCAGAAGGGAGGACCCUGCCUCCUCAUCACUGCCACAGAAUCCACUCCUGAGCUCCACCAUCCGGCUGGACCCUGGGGACCAUUUCCUGGUCCUCUGGAUGCCCCGCCGGGCUUGGAGGGGCGGGAGCGCUUCCUGUUGGCGG